AUGGAAGAUCGCACGCCCGCCGCGGGUAAAGCGAAGCCGUCCCCCGACACGUCGCGCCGCAGCAGCACCUAUGGCACCGGCAGCGACACGCCCACCCAGAGCGCGACGCCCAGCGACUCGGCGCGCAGACGGCCGCAAGCUGCCAUGCAACCCUCUGGCUAUGGCUCCAUCACGUCCGGCAUCGAGCGACGCCAGCAGGCCGCAGCGACGGCGCACGAAAGCUCCACCAAGCCCAAGAAGCCGCCCAUGAGCCGGCGCGCUACGUCGUCGAAAUGGCCGCAGAAGGGGCAGGAGUUCAGUGUCGACGACGCCGAAGAGGAGGUGGAGCUGGACCAGGCCCAGCAGGACCAGCAGAAGAAGCAGCGACAGACACUGCGCCGCAAGCCUUCGACCGUCCGCCGCCGCACCGCCGCGCCCCCGCCCAACCUAGCCACCAUCGACUCGACCGAAGAUGACGAGGUCGAGCAGGAGAACGCCGGCCCUCCGACCGGCGCCGAUGCCGACGCGACGCCCUCGUCCAGCGAGGAGACUGUACAAGCAGAGGAAGAGGAGAGCGGAGGCGGCGAUGAAGACGACGACCUGAGCGACGCCGAGAGCUUCACCCUGCGCGACCGCCAGGAUGCCAUCAACGUCACACAUCCAUUCGGUAUCAGAAUCUGGAAGCCCGCGCUUUACAAGAAGGGUCGCUCGGUCCAGCGCAACGCUGAAGAAGACAUCCACUCGUCGCCAGGCCUCUUUGUCAGCCGAUGGCUGCUUCUCUUCAACCUCGUAUGGACCCUCGUAUUCGGAUGGUGGCUAGCUGCUGUUGCUACGGUGGGUGGUCUGCUGUGCGCGCUCCUGGGCUUUAACGAAAGCUGCAAGGAUUACUCCCAUUUGCUCUUCGCCCUAGCCGGCUACCUCUUCUACCCCUUCGGCAAAUACGUCAAGCUCAUGCAGGAUGAGGCCUACAUAGAAGAGGACGAGGGCGAGGGUCGCAGCAUCAGCGAGUACGAGCAGUGGCAGAGCGGCGAUAUCGAAGAAGGACGCCUUUUCUUUGGCCCAACCACCGGAACAAGCUCCUUGAUCGGCCGCCGACGCAACAGCGUAGAUUCCACAGGCGGAGAGACGACAAGCCUCCUCGGUAGAGAUGGACGUGCCAAUGUCAACCACACCGACACAGCCAACACUAAGAGAAGGCUUUUUGGCCGCGGCAAGUGGAAUCUUGGCCGCGUCGUCUUCUUCUUGUUCUUCUACGGCUUCCUCACACCCUCGCUGUUCCUCGUCUCAGCUCUGUGCUGGUUCCUCGUCUUCACCAUACCCAUGGGCAAGACUACCCUGCUGCUGUUCGACCAUCUGCGACGCCAUCCCCUGGCGCUCUCGUUCCACUCUGACAACGGCAACGUGCGCCGCCCCGGAGAGUCGUCCUCAAUCCUGCUCUGUACCUACCGCGCAGUCGGUAUCAAGUACUGGAAGUACACCAUUGACGGAACCAACAUCUUCCUGAUCAACCUCCUUGGCCUGGUCGCCUUCACAAUCUUCGACUACUUUGUCUUGGCUGAGGCUUUAGAGAUGAAGUUCUGGCUGACAGAUCAGUUCUUGUUGUUCUCGCUAGCACUGUUGUCAAUCAUUCCACUAGCAUACUUCAUCGGUCAGGCCGUGGCUUCCAUCUCAGCUCAAUCCUCAAUGGGUGUUGGUGCUACUAUCAACGCUUUCUUCUCCACUGUUGUCGAAGUCUUCCUGUACUGCGUGGCCCUCAAACAAGGCAAAGCUCAACUUGUCGAAGGUAGUAUCAUCGGCAGUAUCUUUGCAGGUAUUCUUUUCCUACCAGGAUUGUCUAUGUGCUUUGGCGCCCUCAAGCGUAAGACUCAACGUUUCAACGUGCGAUCCGCUGGUGUCACUUCAACCAUGCUGCUAUUCGCCGUUAUUGGCGCUUUCGGUCCGACAUUGUUCUACCAGAUCUAUGGAAGCGUGAGUAUAGCCCCAUUGCACGUCGAUCCUGUGCUAAUUAAAACCAGCAUGAACUCAACUGCCACCAAUGCGUGCACUCUAAUCACCACGUUCCCCUUGAGCGAGACUGCCGUAGAUGUUACUACUCACAAACACCAGCACUCAACGAUCGCUUCUACAACGAAGCUGUGA